AUGGCGGACGAAUUCCUUCAAAAAGCGCUGCAGAAGGCUCGUAUUUUUGGCGAUAAAAUCUGGAGCCGUGUAGUUUCAACUGAACAAAAAUGCACGCAAGUAGAUAUGGCCGAUGCAGUGCUAGCUACUGCACUAAGUGGAAUAACAUUUCCUCUUUGUCUUGGUGUCCUACAAACUGGAUUGUUUCGCCCUCUAAGGAUAACUUCAAACCGUCGCUUUAUUGGUUCAGCCUUCGGUACUGUUUCUUUGAUGGUCUCUGGAAGCACAGCCUCAGCUGUAUUUCUUUCCAGCAUUGUAUUUUUUAAGGAAAUCAAGGGCAGCUCCUUACGAAUCUUAAAUGAAAAACUCCAUUCUUUUAUCCCAAAUACGACAGUAGAUGUGGCAGUUUGUUCCAGAGAUAUUCCUCUGUGCGGAGUUGCAAGCUUAGUGGUGUACAAAAUUUUUGGCGGAAGGUUCCGAUCAGUUUUGCCAAGUAGCUUGAUUCAUCCAGGAGCAUUUGCUAAAAGGUAUAUUCCAGCUAAAGGGAAAAGAUAUGCUUCUGAUGGUGUGAAAAGAAAGCUUGCGUUAAUGGGUGAGUUUUUAAUCCUUCAAGGCUUUCAAGAGAAUAUCAAAUAAAUGGCCUCAAAGACAAUUAGCCCCCAAUCUCUAGAUGAUCAGCCCCAAAUCUUGAAAUGCAUAUGAAUGCUUUAGACAAAUUAAUUUCGCUGUGGCUAUACGCUGGGCAGCCGGGAAGGGUCUAGGCUUGCUACUAGUUGACCUAGUUCUUACCCAGGUGAAAAAAGAGCAAGCGAAGCGAGCUUCAUUGAGGUUCACGGAAAAAAAAAAUGCAAGGACUUUUAGAAAGUCUAAGAAGGGUCUUAAAAAAAGUAAAUGUCCAGCAGUCAGAACAUUUUCUAGAAUUUCUACAAAAUCUCUUGUUCUAAUCGUUUGAAAGCAUUCUAUCGUCAUUUAGAAUUACCAAGCAGGCCUGUAGCUAGGUUGUUUUAUAGGGAGGUGCAAUCCAAUGCGGAGAUGGACCAAAUGAGGCCAGAGGGGCAAGUCUCUGUCUCUGCUGGGGGGGGAGCUUUGGUUGUCUGAGACUGAAUUGCCCUGCAAGUUUGCAAUUGGGAGGAGCUCACUUCAAACGCGUUAGCGUAAGUCCAGGGGCAUGCUCCCUCGGGAAAUGUUUAAAUUUUACCCCUCUGAAAUGGUUGGAUGGAAAUGCAUUUAAAACUAGCAUGGUGUGGUGAAACAUAUCUACUUUCAGCAAAAAAACACGUCAUAAAAAAAAUUUUCUCCGCAAAACACAUAAUGCAACAACAACUAUUCUCCAAACCGUUGAACUUGUUCGAUAACGGAAGUUUAGCUUCGUGUUGAACUAAAACAGCUGAUGCAAGAACAAAAGAAAAGAAAAACAGUUUUUUCACUUUCAUUGUUGCAAAUUUAUGGUAGAAAUAUAAAACAAUGGGUUUUCAGGUAAAACGUUGAAUAGAAAAGUAACUUCGAUUUUUUUUCCAGUAUUACUCCCAGCCCCUCCCCCUACACAGUCCCUGCAUCAAGCUCCAAGCUAACAGUAACAAGAGUUGUGUAGCUUUAAUAGGAGUUUUAAUAUCCUCUAAUUAAAAGCAACACAAAGAGCUGGAUCCAGCAUUUCACAGCUGAAGGGGGAAUCUCAUACUCACCAACUGUUAAAAUAACAAUUCAGAUCCAACAUUUUGCAGAAAACUAUGGCAAACAAACCCUAAAGGGAAUUUUUAUUGAGCAAUGAAAAAAUGUCUUGUGGGCACACUAAAUCCCCCUUACUUUACGAAGGCUAAAACACUUUUUGUGGAAAGGGUGAGUCAGGCUUGUGACCUUUUUCACGGCAUUUUCAAUUUUACUACACAAUCAGUAAACUAGAAUAGAACAAUACUCCUACUUCACUUUAUUUUAAAUCACUGAUCAAUAAAAAAGUGGAUCUCUGGUCCCUGUGAGGGUUUGUGAGCACACCCAUUGCACCCCCCCCCCUCCCUUCAGGCCUACCAAGCGAUCAGGAAAAAAAGAAUAGCUUUGCACUCAUUUCGAGUUGUUGUGGUUUCUUGGCCGUAGAGUAGAGUCGAUGCCAUUUCGACACAGAAGUUCAGAAAAUUCUAGAGAAAAAAGGCUCUAUUAUAAACAAACUACUGAAAAUUAGAUCAUCAGAGUGGCCGCAGGCAGAAGGGGAAUAGUCAAGAAUAGGGUUAGAAAAAUGGAAACGCUGUAAUUCUUGGGGUCCUUCUGCAUGUACCAUCAUCACAAAAAAGGUUUUUUUUUGUUGCACAUAAUCUGUGCCUCAGUACCUACAGAAAGAACCAAUUCUUGGAACUAUGACUCUGUUGAGCUUUUUAAAUAUCCCACUUAUGAAACCAAGUAUUGAUUUCCAUGAAGAUGUAAGUGCUGCAUCUUUGAUUAUGACUCUUACUCUGUUGCUAGUGAUAACCAGCUUAUAAGCCCUGUUUUUAUUAGCAAGUCUGGAAAUUAUGAUUUCUUUAAUUGUGGUUUUAUUUAUAACAUAAUCACUACAGUUUUUACAUAACACAGGAAGAAUACAUGGUUGUCACUCUUGUGGAAAACGUUGGAGAACUACUUUUGUGGGAGAUCAUAUCCCACCCAACAUGCUGGUUAAAGAAGGACAAAAGCAGAGGUUCUAUCCACAAUGUAGGAAUUGCUCUUAUCAACAAGGUAAGAUUACUUAACUUUCAUGGUGAGCAUAUAGUAUAGGAUGCAAAAAUGUGCAUCCUUGGAAUUACUUUUCCAUUUUUUCUUCGUUUGAGCUCAAACUUUGCAGGAUGGUAGAACUCUGUAUCCCAAAAAAUCCUAUGUUUUUUGUUUUUCGAUAUUGACGGUUUUUGGCAGGAAAAUGAUGUCACAAGACUGACAGCAAAAUCUAUUUUUCAAGUUCGGGCAAAACAAAUAAAUAAUCUUGAUGUGACAGAAACAAAUGUGAAAAACUUUUUGGAAAAGCUCAAUUGCUUUAGGANGAAAAUUAGAUCAUCAGAGUGGCCGCAGGCAGAAGGGGAAUAGUCAAGAAUAGGGUUAGAAAAAUGGAAACGCUGUAAUUCUUGGGGUCCUUCUGCAUGUACCAUCAUCACAAAAAAGGUUUUUUUUUGUUGCACAUAAUCUGUGCCUCAGUACCUACAGAAAGAACCAAUUCUUGGAACUAUGACUCUGUUGAGCUUUUUAAAUAUCCCACUUAUGAAACCAAGUAUUGAUUUCCAUGAAGAUGUAAGUGCUGCAUCUUUGAUUAUGACUCUUACUCUGUUGCUAGUGAUAACCAGCUUAUAAGCCCUGUUUUUAUUAGCAAGUCUGGAAAUUAUGAUUUCUUUAAUUGUGGUUUUAUUUAUAACAUAAUCACUACAGUUUUUACAUAACACAGGAAGAAUACAUGGUUGUCACUCUUGUGGAAAACGUUGGAGAACUACUUUUGUGGGAGAUCAUAUCCCACCCAACAUGCUGGUUAAAGAAGGACAAAAGCAGAGGUUCUAUCCACAAUGUAGGAAUUGCUCUUAUCAACAAGGUAAGAUUACUUAACUUUCAUGGUGAGCAUAUAGUAUAGGAUGCAAAAAUGUGCAUCCUUGGAAUUACUUUUCCAUUUUUUCUUCGUUUGAGCUCAAACUUUGCAGGAUGGUAGAACUCUGUAUCCCAAAAAAUCCUAUGUUUUUUGUUUUUCGAUAUUGACGGUUUUUGGCAGGAAAAUGAUGUCACAAGACUGACAGCAAAAUCUAUUUUUCAAGUUCGGGCAAAACAAAUAAAUAAUCUUGAUGUGACAGAAACAAAUGUGAAAAACUUUUUGGAAAAGCUCAAUUGCUUUAGGAGAUGUAUGGCAUCUUGAAAUGUACUUAUGUUUCUUGGUAGUAACAAAAUGGCAGGAAAUUCAAAAAUCAAAACUGUUAAACUCGAAAAAUAAAAAACAUAGGAUUUUUUAGCAUACAAAGUUCUAACAUCCUGCAAAGUUCGAGCUCAAAUGAAUAAAAAAAGGAAAAGUAGUUCCUAGGAUGCACCUUUUUGUGUCCUAUGUGCCCACCAUGUUCAUGUUCCACAUGUUUGGGCAUUUUCAUUUCUGAUGAAUUUUUAAAUAUAGUUGAACCAUCAGUAAGUGACAGCCCAGAAUGACAAGUUUUAGUAGGAGCUUAAGGGAGUUGGUUGCUAACAAUUUAGUCCAGCCACAAGGGCUCUCUUCUGGGUUGAGGUCCAGACACAUCUACUUAUUUAAAAAGAAUUUAUUGAUUAUGAGCAUAUACACAGGGAUUGAAGAGAUCAGACCAUGUGUUAUGUGACUGUGCUGACAUGUUGAGAAACACGCUGACAUCAUUUUAUAAACUCUUAGGUAAAAACCCCAUUAUCACCAAAAACCAAUCAGAUUGCAAAUAUACCAAACAAUGCAGAUCAUUAUUUUGUCAAAAUAGCCUUUUUCCCUUUUUUAUUAACUUUUGCCCUCUUGUAUUUCUGUCAGGUGCAGCACUGUCUUUAAAUUCAAAACGGUUAUUAAUCAAGACACACAGCUCAUCACUAAGACGCUAUCACUUGUGGUUACCUUUGCCAAUUCCUUUGGCAAUGUUACGGAGUUACGUCAAAGACAAGUCAGAGAAACAACAGUCACCAGUGAAAUCUGACAACAAGUGUCAAGAACCAGACAAGUUACAAAAUGCCAUCUUAAAGAGAAUUUUGAAGUUUCUCAGAUAUGGAGGCAAGGAUAGUGGAGAAGAUGAUGACAACAGUUAA